AUGGCUGGCAACUUGGGGUUCACCGUCUACUUGCCUUGCGACGCCACUGCAAUGUUCGAGCACACCACCGCACCGGGAAGCAAACUGCAGACCCCCAACUUUGACGCGGAAACCGUCCACGAGAUCUCCCUUGGAGUGCUACACAACGAAUUCGCCACUGUCUUGAAGACAGCCGACGUCUUGGCUGCGCUGACACCAUAA